UAAUGGUGAUAAUGGUGUUAAUGGUGAUUAUGGUGUUAAUGGUGAUAAUGGUGACAUCCCCCCCAGGUGACGGCGUUAUCCGCAGUGAUAGUAAUAAUGGUUCCCAUUAUGACAAUGGUGAUGGUGCUAAUGGUCACAAUGAUGGUGAUAAUGGUGAUAUUGGUCACACUGAUGGUGAUAUUGGUGACACUGAUGGUGAUACUGGUGAUAUUGGUCACAAUGAUGGUGAUAAUGGUCACAAUGAUGGUGAUAAUGGUGACACUGAUGGUGAUAAUGGUGAUAAUGCUGACAACAAUGGUGAUAAUGGUGACACUGAUGGUGAUAAAGGUGAUAAUGGUGAUAAUGGAGACAAUGAUGGUGAUAUUGGUCACAAUGAUGCUGAUAAUGGUCACAAUGAUGGUGAUAAUGGUAAUAAUGGUGACAAUGAUGGUGUUAAUGGUGAUAUUGGUCACAAUGAUGGUGAUAAUGGUGACAAUGAUGGUGAUAAUGGUGAUAUUGGUCACAAUGAUGGUGAUAAUGGUGACACUGAUGGUGAUAUGGGUCACAAUGAUGCUGAUAAUGGUCACAAUGAUGGUGACAAUGGUGACACUGAUGGUGAUAAUGGCCACAAUGAUGGUGAUAAUGGUGAUAUUGGUCACAAUGAUGGUGAUAAUGGUGAUGAUGAUGGUGUUAAUGGUGAUAUUGGUCACAAUGAUGGUGAUAUUGGUCACAAUGAUGCCGAUAUUGGUCACAAUGAUGGUGAUAAUGAUGAUACUGGUCACAAUGAUGGUGAUAAUGGUGACACUGAUGGUGAUAUUGGUCACAAUGAUGCUGAUAAUGGUCACAAUGAUGGCGAUAUUGGUCACAAUGAUGGUGGUAUUGGUCACAAUGAUGGUGAUAAUGGUGACACUGAUGGUGUUAAUGGUGAUAUUGGUCACAAUGAUGGUGAUAAUGGUCACAAUGAUGGUGAUAAUGGUAAUAAUGGUCACAAUGAUGGUGUUAAUGGUGAUACUGGUCACAAUGAUGGUGAUAUUGGUCACAAUGAUUUUGAUAAUGGUGAUAUUGGUCACAAUGAUGGUGAUAUUGGUCACAAUGAUGGUGAUAAUGGUCACAAUGAUGGUGAUAAUGGUGAUAUUGGUCACAAUGAUGGUGAUAAUGGUGAUAACGGUGACACUGAUGGUGAUAAUUAUGAUAAUGCUGACAACGAUGGUGAUAAUGGUGACAAUGAUGGUGACGAUGGUGAUAAUGGUGACACAGAUGGUGAUAAAGGUGAUAAUGGUGAUAAUGGAGACAAUGAUGGUGAUAAUGGUCACAAUGAUGGUGAUAAUGGUGACACUGAUGGUGUUAAUGGUGAUAUUGGUCACAAUGAUGGUGUUAAUGGUGAUAUCGGUCACAAUGAUGGCGAUAAUGGUGACACUGAUGGUGUUAAUGGUGAUAAUGGUGUUAAUGGUGACAAUGAUGGUGCUAAUGGUCACAAUGAUGGUGAUAAUGGUGAUAUUGGUCACAAUGAUGGUGAUAAUGGUGACACUGAUGGUGAUACUGGUGAUAUGGGUCACAAUGAUGGUGAUAUUGGUCACAAUGAUGGUGAUAAUGGUCACGCUGAUGGUGAUAAUGGUGAUAAUGAUGGUGAUAAUGGUGAUAUUGGUCACAAUGAUGGUGAUAAUAGUGAUAAUGAUGUUGUUAAUGGUGAUAUUGGUCACAAUGAUGGUGAUAAUGAUUAUAUUGGUCACAAUGAUGGUGAUAAUGGUCACAAUGAUGGUGAUAAUGGUGACACUGAUGGUGAUAAUGGUCAUUAUGAUGGUGUUAAUGGUGACGGCGCUAUCCGCAGUGAGCAGCUGA